GGGAUAUUCAAUGAAUUUAUUGAAUCUCUUAGCCCACUUUUUACCGGUAGUCGUUUCAGAUACAGCUGAGAUUAUAGGCCAUAUAUAAUACGUCGUCCCUGUAUUUCCAGUUGCAGUCAAGAUAUUUAGAGCACUAGAAGAUGGCGGAUCUACUAGCAUAACGUAUUUAUUUAGGGGCAUUCUAUGGCCACCAAUGAAUGUUCUCUGACAUGGCACAAUACAUCUUGACGUAUGCUUGACAUGUUCUUUAUGCUUUGUGAUUUUGACAUUGGCGUCAAUUUUUUAUAACUGCGUCGAUUAUUUUUGCCCGCUCAUUUUGCAAUUCGUAAAUAACGUAGAAGGUGUAAUUUACGAUGGCAAAUAAAUUUCACGAAUUUAAACACAAAUUGGAUGCGUCUCUUCGAGAUUCGUCGAAGCCAUGGACUUCUAUUCUGGAUAAAGCUGAAAAGAAAACCGGGGUUGAUCGACUGUACAUCUUUCUGGCAUCUGCAGUGAUUGUAGGCCUCUGGUUGGUGUUCGGUUAUUGCGCCCAGUUGCUUUGUAACACAGUUGGAUUCAUCUACCCUGCGUACGUCUCGAUAAGGGCAAUAGAAUCAAGAGCUAAGGACGACGACACCAAAUGGCUCACGUAUUGGGUGGUUUACGCAAUCUUUUCUAUUUUGGAGUAUUUUGCGAAUGCCAUUGUCAACUGGUUCCCUCUGUACUGGCUAACUAAGUGCAUUUUCCUGAUUUGGUUGAUGAUGCCCACAGAGUUCAAUGGCUCUCUGUUUUUGUAUCGCAAGAUUAUCAAGCCAUACUUUUUGAAGCACCAUAAGUCUGUUGAUGACACUAUGGAUAAAGUCAAAGAUACUGCAUCCAAGAUUUUUGAGAAGCAUGAGUAAAUGGACACUAGGUUGAGGAUUUUGAAUGGUGAAAAUAUACUGGACCAUGUAAACGCUUGUUUUGUUUUGUGUAAAAAGUGUGUCCACUGAGUUGAGAUUAUUUUGUAUAAUUAUGUAUUAAGGCCUAACUUUCAUAAUGUCUGCUUCUGUAUUUAAGCUAUUAAUCUUUUUUUCAUUAUUUAAAUAUAAGCUAUAUAUUUACUUAUAGGUUUGUUGUAUUUAUAUAUUUGUGUAUGAUAUGCUUCUACUAUAAGUAUCAUAACACUUUCUCAUUUUUUUAAAUUUUAUACCACCUUCAGCUUGGAUAUUAUUAAUGUGACUGAAAUUUUCUCAUUAAGGAUGUAAGUUUAUUUGUCUGUAAAAUUAUAUUCACUUUAUUCUAUUUCCUCUUUUUACUGUUGUACAAAACUUUUGCUUUAUAAUGCCUAUCUGGAACACAAGUGUGAAUUUCAGGGAGUGAUAAAUCAGCACAGAAACAAACCAUUUACUUAAUACUGUAAUAUUUCAUCACAUACAAUCCAAUUCUAAGAAAAAUAGGUAUAUUAUAUAAAAUUAUUUAACACUAAACAUACCAGUCACUGAUCAAAAGGCAGGUUGUAAAUGAG